AUGUUACAAAUAAAUAAUAAUAAUAAUAAUAAUAAUAAUAAUAAUAAUAAUAAUAAUAAUAAUAAUAAUAAUAAUAAUAAUAAUAAUAAUAAUAAUAAUAAUAAUAAAAAUAAAAAGAUUUAUAAUUUUAAAAAAAAAAAUUCGAUUUUUUAA